AUGUCAUUGGCAUUAAGAUUCAUAGAGAAAGAUCUCGAGGCAUUUUGGGAUUGUCUCAAGAAACCUAUAACAAUAAAGUUUUUAGAAAGAUUUUGCAUGAAUGAUUUUUCACCAAGUAUAGCACCCAUUGUAAAGGGUAACAGAUUCAAUUUGAAUCAGUGCCCAAAAAAUAAUUUCAAACGGGAACAAGUGAAAGCUAUUCCAUAUGCUUCAGCCGUUGGAAGCCUUAUGUAUGCUCAGGUCUGCACCAGACCUAACAUUGCAUUUGCUGUUGGAAUGCUAGGGAGAUAUCAGAACUUUGCUGGCUGUGUUGAUUCAAAAAAAUCAACAUCUGGUUAUAUUUUCAUGCUUGCUAGUGGAACUGUGUCUUGGAGAAGCGCGAAGCAGACUUUGACUGCUACCUCCACUAUGGAGGUUGAGUUCUUAUCUUGUUUUGAGGCUACCUCGCAUGGUGUAUGGUUGAAGAGUUUCAUUUCUGGCCUUCAAGUUGUGGAUUCCAUUUCUAGGCCAUUGAGAUUGUAG